AUGUUUCCUAACAGCAGUGGCGAUUCGUCUAGCGUACAAGAGUCUGGUGAUAUUCUAUUUGUCAAAUCAGCAGACUUUCGUGAGGUUGUCCAAUCAGCAAUUCGAGCUGUCAAACAAUAUUGCGAAAAGCUUCCUAAAGGAGAUGGAGAUGAAACCUGGGAUAAAUUCAUGAAAAUAUUCAUCUGCGCAAGAUUUGAAAACAUUCUCUUGAACAACUAUAUGAUCCAAGUAAGAAGGCAACUUUUCGAGGAUCUCGGUUUCUUUGUGCCAAGAGAAUUUACCGCAUUUAUCGAUGUUCCUGAUGCUCAACAAUCUUUCGAACAAAUUUUACGCAAAGCUGAAGAAGCACAUUGGAACAGUUAG